AAAAUUAAAAUAAAAAAAUACUUUCGCAUAUUUUUUUUGUACGAAAUUUUUGAGUGAAGAGUGAUUUUUAUACACAAAUUACUAUAAUUUUUAUGCAAAUGCGUGUGCCAAACGACUUUCCGGUCGAAUUCGUAUAAAUAUUUGAAUUACGUCUACUUACAUAGACGCAUAUUUACGCAAGUUAUUUCCAAAAUUUGUUUAAUAAAAAAUAUUUUGCUACUCUCGCAGCCUCAAUUAAGUAAUAAGCGCUAAACAAUUUGUUAUAACUUAAAUAAACAAAACAAGCAAAAAAAAACAAUGCAAAGUCAGUGAAUUUUGUAAAAAUUCAUUCAUUAACAAUCAACGAAAAACCCUGUGCGCCUAAUAAAUACAAUCAGCACAAAAUUCAUUGGAGGAAGUUAGCGAAAGAAAACAGAAAAAUCAACAACUGCAGCCGAGUAAUAAUAUGUACAUACCAAGAUAGUUGUUUUCGUCUUACUGCAGUUUGAAUAAUUAUUGGAAUAUGAUAAAAUUUUUACAAGAAAGUCAAUCGUUUCGCUCUCAAAACAGUGCCAAUUGAUCAGCAUCUUCGUUCAGAAUUACAAACUGCCGACUAAGCAUUAUUAACUACCAUUCGGCAAUUCGCUUGAGCAACAGAGCAAAAGAAUGAGGGAAACUGAUGGUCCACGGCUAAGGUACCGAGGGCACUGAGGUUUCUCCAACACAAGUUUGCCACACUACAUGGAUCGUAGAAAUGGCGGCGAUAUUUUGGCGCCACCGCGGCCCCCAAAGCACUUACCACGUGUACAUCGUCCCAGAGCACCCGAGCCAGAGACUAUGCUAAGCGAAAUACAAAUGCAACAGGAGUGGCAGCAACAGCGGCGGGAGCAGCAACAGCAGCUAAUGAUAACGACGACGACGGCAGCGGCAGCAGCAGUAGCAGCGUCGACACCAUCAGCGAUAACGGCGACGACGACGACGAGCACCGCAUCAACGCAAUGUACAAAUGGUAAUAACCAACAACAACAACAGCAGCAGCAGCAACAACAUCAACAAAAUUUAAAUAGCAACAAUCAUCCAAGUCAAUAUAGUAUUACGAGCGUAGACCGAGGUGUUGGUACAAGUACGAGUACGAGUACGAGUCAAAAUGAUAACGUUAACAUUUCUAAUGUCGUUAAUACGCUGAUACAACCAGAAUACGAGGACUACGAAAUUCAUCAUUUGACGAUACUGCCACAACGGCCGACCACUUUAAACCUCAACCGCAAUAACAGUCACGUUAGCACUACGUCCUCUUCGACGUCGUCGUCCUCCAUAACAGCAGCGAAUACAUUUACGAGGCGUAGACAAUUACCGGCUACGCCAGGCGCUGCCGCACGACUACUUGUAAAUAGUAAUAAUACCAGCAGCAGCAGCAGCAACGCCCGCACUCAAGCGAGCAAUAACACCAACAGUGGCCUCAGUGCUGGCAUCGCUGGUUUACUCAGUCAUUUCCAUAGCACCGAACCAGCUGCUGCUGCCACAUCAGUCACGCUGGCUCAACCGCGACCCGAGUCCCAGCGGCUCACCAAUGAGUAUGUGGAUACUCCGUUCCGAAAUGCUGCAGCCAACGCUGUUAUACCGAAUCAACUGCAGCUACAACACGCGUCACGCGCGCAACAUCCGGCGGGACAGCAUGAUGGCGGUCAAACGACAACGCAUCAUCUGCUUUUGUUGCCACAGCGUGAAUUCCGUCUGCAACAUCAGCAGAAUCAACAGCAACAGCACCAGCAUCAGCAACACCAACACCAGCAGCUGCUGCAUACGACGAACCGCACGACGACGGGAACUGUGGGUUCGGCGACCAUCACGGCGGGCAUUGAUGGCACGGACGGCUUCAUACAUUCGCAUCAUAAUCACAAAACGCCCACGUCCAGCACUGUGACAGCGAUAACAACCUGCCCGCAUACGGGCAAGGUGAUUCCAGUUGCGUCGCAGAAUGGACACCACCACAGCGGUGGUGGCGGCAGUUUGGGCAGCUUCACCAGCUCGCAACAGUCAUUUACGCCGGCAAUCACGAAACAACCCGCCUCAACGACCAACAACACCACCAGCACCACCACCAUCAGCCAAAUGUCGCACAUCGACAGCAACAAUUGCAAAUUUGCUAAAGAUUUACCCGCAUUCGACGACCUACUGACCAUGCACAAUAUAGCGACGGGCAUCUCCACGCCACAAGGCAUGAUAUCCGCCGUACAUGGCGCCAGUCCGCUCGGUACUCCCAUCAUCAUUGGCGGUGGCGGCAGCGGCAGCGGCGGCGACACAUCAUCCUUAAAUCAAAUCAUCUGCCCACGUUGCGGUCAUUGCCGUUGCGAACAGUGCCAAAGUCCACCACAUCUACCGCAAACGUGGCUCUGCAAUAAGACCUGCCUCUGCAGCGCCGAAUCAGUCAUCGAUUACGUGUCGUGUCUAUGCUGCGCCAAAGCGUUAUUCUACCAUUGCGCACGUGACAAUGACAUGGACUGCGAUGAUGGUUCCGGCACACCAUGCGUCGACAAUCCCUGCUCGUGUGGACCCUAUAAGCGUACACAGCGUUGGGGUUGGUUGGGCGCGCUAUCGUUAGUGCUACCCUGCCUUUGGUUGUAUUGGCCAAUGCGCGGUUGCGUCUCGUUUUGCGAGAAAUGUUAUGGCCGUAUUGUGGGACGAGGUUGCCGCUGUCAACAGACCGACUCACCGACCAAUAUCAUACCAAUCUCACAAUUGGGACUAACGGGAAAUGGCAGCAGCAGCGGUACGGCAAGCAUUUUAAGCGGCAACAAUGGUGGCGGCGAUUCGUUAAAAUCGGCGGCGGAUGCACACCAUCAUCAUCAUACGCAUCAUCAUCAUCAUCACCAUCAUCAUAUGCGAAAAGGCGAUGUGACGCCCAAGAAACGACUGCUCGAUUCGAAUGGCGAGUACUAAGUAGUUAGUAUGUGUAGAAAGAAAAAGGGUAGCAGAAAAUGAUGAGAAUAUGUAUGUAUGUAUGUACUACACAUGUAUGUUAGGGAAUAUGCCAUUUACAUGUAGAUACAUACAAACAUACAAACAUACAUAUAACAUAGAAGAAAACUAGCGUACUACCGAGUAACGAGUACCGAGUACCGUGUACCGAGUUGGAUUCGAAACGGAAACGAAAUGUGCAGCAACAGUAAAAGCUGAAGAUGAAGAUGAAGAACCACUGCUGGCGGUGGGUUGUGGCGAGUGCUAGGUAUUUAGGCAACAGUGUAGUGAAGUGCAUACGUGAGCGGUGGUAGUAGAGCUAGUUUUGCGAGCAGAUCAGCUGUUUCGGUUACAUAUGUAUGUAUGUACACUUGCAGGAGAACACAUUCAACCUUCUGAGCAACAGUAUUUUAAUGUACAAUGACUUGCAUUUAGCAUACGCAGUUGAUUUCCGGUUACGCCUUCGAAUUCGCUGUCUCUCUGUCUCUCUCUCUCUCUCCCUCUCUAUCUUUCACCCAAGCUGUGUACCGGUGAGCACACUUGCGCGCGACUUUAAAAAGCAGCUGUGCUGGAGAUUUAGCAGAAGAAGAAGCAAAGCCAGCGCAAACGAAAAAGAUAAUGUACUAUAUCGUUAGAUACUCGUAUUUAAGUAAAUGUUUGUAAAUGAUGAUUAUUUUUUUUUAAAUAAUAAUGGACAAGCAUUGAGGCGCACGUUUACGCAAUUCUGCAGUUGAAGAUAUCUAUGUAUGUACUAUAUAAAAGUACUGUUAUUUAGUUGCUUAUUUUCAAACAAUUAAAUAUCAAAUGUACAAGUAAAUUCUGACCGCUGCUGUAUGUAGGGUGUGAAUGAGAGAGCCCCAAUGACCAGAAAGCGCCAGGCCCACCACCGCGGCAGUUGUCUAGUGAAGAGUACAUAGUAUAGGAGACGAUGAAGAGUAGAAAGCAGGAAAGAAUAAAGGAAACUAACAGCCUUAUCAUAUCGAGUCUUAAUCGCCACAAAAGCGUAACCGACAUAUUUUUUCAAAAUUCAAUUUUCAUUUUGAUGCAGAAAUGUUCCUAAAUCAUCUAGAUGCAUUUCUGCAACAAAAAGAAAAUGUUGGAAAAAAAUUUCGCUUACUACGUUUUUUAUGUAGCGGUUUCGGCUAAAUAUAUAGACAUAUGUAUGUAUGUAUGCGCGUAGAUCCGACUCGAUUUCGAGUUACAUAUUUACAUACAUGAUAAGGCAGGCCGCAAAAAGUUAACUGCAAAUUUUAAAUUAAAAAAAUAUUAUAAAAUACAGAACGGUGGAAACUAAAACAAAAAAAAAAUAGUAAACAGAAGAAAAGCUUAAAAUAAGGAGUAAUUAAAAGUAAAAUAUUGAUAGGUGUCGUAAAGUAAAGGAAAAUGAGAAAUUCAUUAUUAAUUAAACUAUAUGUUUUAGAGUAAAAUUUUAAUAACCAAAGACUGCAAACAGAUAAUUAUUAAUAACUAGAGAUGUUAAUUUAUGAAAGGAAGAAGAAAUGAAGAAGUGAAUAUGCUUUCUUAUUUGAUUUGUUCGAUAAUGCAUUGCUGAUGUUUAUUGUACGAACGCGACUCUUUUUAUUUAACUUUCCAUGGAAUUUUUUCUAUUAAAAAUUUUUUAACAAAAUUCUCAAGCAGCUUUGACAGUUGGGUCCGUGAAGCACGAAUUGACGCAUUUAAGUAACUUUUGGCAGCUACAUACAUAUAUUGCAAAAAAA